AGUUUAAAAAGAAGAAGCAGCACGAAAGAAAAGAAGAACCAGAAAAACUACGAAAAAAUUUUUAAUUCGGUUUUUGAUUUUUUGAAAAUUUUUGCAUUAUAUUUUUCCCUUUUAUUUUGUUAUUGAAGUCAUACAAAAUACAAGUUUUUUACAUAAAAACUUUCCAACAAAAUAAAACCAAUUGUAAAAGAAAACGUAAAAAAAUAAAAUUAAAACAAAUAAAUGCCAUUACAACAUCUACUAUUUUUAUGAAUUUUGAACAUUACAUAGUUUACGUAAAAACUUACCAUUCACUUUAAAUAUUAAAAGAAUAACUAAUCCUCCGAAAAAAAUAAAAAACGAAUUUGUUUUUGCAACCAAUUCUUCCAAAUAUGGACUUAUCAUCAUCGAGUUCUUCAACCUCCACCAAAACAUAUACGACAGCAGCAGAUCUAUCACAGACACAAACGCCAAAUAAAAUUGAUAAUGUCGAAACAAACAAUAGUACAGGAACAAUCAAUAAUGAUGACACCGCUGGCAGUUAUAGUUUAUAUGACAGUGCUAUGGAUAAUAGUCUAACAACUUUUGUUUCCUUUAGUGAAAGUGCCAACAAUAACAGUUCUUUAAAUUCCACCACAAACAGUAGUACACCCAAAACCACAACAUCGUCAAGUGAUAACUUUUCUCAUCUAAAUUCAUCCGGAUCGUCGUCUUUAAAUGAUUUUGAUACAACGAUAAAUGGCAGUGAAAUGGAAGAGGAUGAAAUCACAAGAACUACUUCCACGGCAACUUUAACGGAUGCAGCAACAGCUACCACCAACACUACUGCCUCAAAUAAUUAUGAUUUUGGGCCUAAUUAUAAUAUUUCAAUGUCACAUAAGCCAGUUGAUCAUUAUGCGAAUAAUGUAAAUGCCAGCAUGUUAUUCAUACAAUCGGAGAGCACAGAGACCAAUACUUCUCAGGAAGAAGUCGAUCCUAAAUCUCAAUUAGCAAAUAAGACAAUAUUCAAAACAGAUAAUCCCAAUUUGUCAAUUAUAGAAAUUAACGAGAAUUCUAUUAAAGAGCAGGAUAUUGAAAAUUCUGUAUUGGUUAUUGAGACCUCAUCUGAUGAUGAGGACACUGAUAAUCUUAAAAAGCAGCAGGGUAGUGACACUACCAAUGUGACUGGAGCUAUGAGUUCUUUACCCUCCAAUGUUACAUCAUCUAAUAAAAAUAUCUCGCCCAAUAAAUUGCCAGCAGAGAAUGCAGCAGAAAAGAGACGUAGAAAAGCGGAAUCACUUAUACAUUCGAGUAAACAAAAACUAAAUAUUGCCAUUGCCGAGGCAUCGGCCGCUGAAUCAGCCUCACCAGCCGCUGUCGUUGGUGACUCGGCUGUUGUUGGCAAUGGUAUACAGCCAGUGACAAAACGUGAAAUAAAAAUUUAUGACACUCUUGAAGAAUUCGAAAAGAAUUUGCCAUCGACGGUUACUGUGCUGGACACGCCGUUCGGCAGUAAAGUGUAUUUGGUGGGAACAGCUCACUUUAGUGAAGACUCACAGGAUGAUGUAUCAUUUGUUAUUCGUAAUGUCCGUCCAGACGUUGUUAUGGUCGAAUUAUGUCCAUCGCGUAUACCAAUUUUAAAACUAGAUGAAAAAACCCUUUUGGAAGAAGCCAAAAAUUUCAAUAUAGCAAAGAUUCGCAAUAUAAUACAAUCGCAUGGUUAUAUUAAUGGUAUAUUCUUCAUUUUACUUUUGCAAAUGAGUGCACAAAUUGCCAAAGAUUUAGGCAUGGCACCCGGUGGAGAAUUUCGACGUGCUUUUGAAGAGAUUCACAAGUUACCCGGGUGUAUGCUACAUUUAGGUGACCGUCCCAUACGCAUAACAUUACAUCGUGCAUUGAGAGCAUUGUCCUUGUGGCAAACAGUGAAACUUGUGUGGCGUCUAACAUCCACAGACACCAUAAGCAUUGAAGAAGUGGAAGAAUGUAAACAACGAGAUCUGUUGGAGAAGCUAAUGCAAGAAAUGGCCGGAGAAUUUCCAGCCUUCUCCGAUGUCUUUGUAAAGGAACGUGAUCUAUUUUUAUGUCACUCUUUGCAAUUGGCCGCCUUGCCUCAACCGCCAGCAGAUGGCGCUGGUCAACCCAAACCGGUUAGAGUAGUGGGUGUUGUGGGCAUUGGUCAUGCCAAUGGUAUAGCCAAAAUGUGGGGUCAUGUUGAUCCCCAGACAAUACCAGCCAUUAUGGAAAUCCCACCUGCCAGUUUAAGUACGCGUAUCUGCAAAUAUACCUUUAAAUACGGUAUAAUUGGUUUAACCAUCUUUGGAGCCUUCAAAUUGCUUAGACCGCGUUUGGCUCGUUUUUAUUGAUUGAUUUUCAUGGCAGAUUAUAUACAUACACACAUACACUUUCCUAAAAAAAAUCGUCUUAGUGCAACUUAAUGCUUUUAAAAACCAAUCAACAAACACAUAAACAAUACAAAUAUAAAAUAAAAUACCUAGUGUUUAUUCAAUAUUAUGGCAAUUUAUUUUAGGCAUUAUAAUGCAAUAUUAUAUUAUUUUUUUAAAUUAAAUUCGAUGAUGAAAUAUAUAAGUAUAUAACAAAACAAACGGAUAAAAUUCUUAAUUUUUCAUUAUCAUUGUUUCACAAAGAAAAAUACAAGAACUUUAAAAACCACUGAUGCAGCUGUAUGAAAAAAGAUAAAAAACCAAUAUAUGAAGAAGAGAAAGAAAAACCCAAAAGAUAAAAAUGAAAUUUUAACUUUAACAUUCGUACAUAUUUAAAUGUGAUUUUCCUUCCGUACUACUACUACUACAAGUGUUUGAAAAAUUUUUAACUAAUAAAACAAAAACUAAUUGAAACGAAACGUACUUUAUGUGUAAAUAAUAAAUAAAUAAAAAAUGUGAUGAUUUAUGGCAUAUUCAACAACAAAACAAAAAUACAUUUUUAACAAAACAACUCCCAAGGAAACAUUCCCCCAUAUUCAAUCUACUAUGUAGUUUAUAUACAUAAAUACAUACAAAUAUUUUAUUUUCCCCUUUUUUAUAUACAUUUAAAAAUAAAAUAUGUAAAAUAUAUAUAAAUAUAUACUAAUAUAAAAAAACAUAUAUUCCAGAGAUUUGAUCUAAAAAAAAACAAAUAUAUAUUUACACAAAAACUUACAAAGGGAUUCAACAAAUAAAUAUUUCAAAAAUAACAAACAAAUAUAACAAUUAUAAUUGUAAUAAUAUUGAGAUGUAUUUUAGUUUUUAAGUAAUUGUUUUUUAUUAAUUAUGUAAAUGUUUGAAAUUGUAUUAAAAUAAAAAAAAUCGUAGUCUGUGCAUUUAUUAUUCGUUGCAUGUAGAAUUUAUGUAAAUGAAAAUGUAAUAAAAACAAACAAUAAAAUUCUAAAUUAACAAAAAUCUA